GUCAAUGGAAAGUUUAUGCUGCGUCUCUUCAUAAUGAGUCGAUGUGGAGGAUUACGAAGUACACGAACACCCAUGUUUGUGUGCCUAAUGGAGAAUGUGAGAUGUUUAAGGUCCCAGUCAUAGCUAGGUUAUUUCUUGAUAAGAUUAGAGAAGAACCAGAUUAUUACAUGCCUUUAAAGAUGGAACAGACCAUAAUGGAGAAGUGGAAGAUAUCAGCUACGAGAGGUCAAUGUCAAGCUGCUAGGAGAAAGGCAUUGGCAUGGAUAGCGAGUGAAUAUGACACUCAAUUUGAACGUCUUCGAGACUAUGGAGCUGAGAUAUUGGAAGCAAAUCAAGGGUCUGUGGUAGAGAUUGAUACGGUGAAGAAUGACGCUGGUCAUGAUGUGUUUAAGCGAUUCUAUGUCUGCUUUGAUGUUCUUAGGAAAACAUGGAAAAAAACCUGCAGGCCACUAAUUGGGGUUGAUGGUUGCUUCUUGAAGGAAAAGAUUAAGGGUCAGUUGUUGGUGGCUUUAGGAAGAGAUGCAGACAAUGCUAUCUAUCCAAUAGCAUGGAGUGUUGUUCAGGUUGAGAACACAGAUAAUUGGAGCUGGUUUGUGAAUAGGCUGAAGAUAGACUUGGAGUUAGGUGAUGGAGAUGGUUACAUUAUGGUUUCUGAUCGCCAAAAGGGAUUGAUUAAGGCUGUUGAGUUAGAAUUACCAAAGAUUGAGCAUCGUAAAUGUGUUAGGCACAUUUAUGGUAACCUAAAGAAGACUCAUCCAGACAAGAAGCAAUUGAAGAAACUGCUUUGGGAUCUAGCUUGGAGCUACAACACUAGAGAUUACGAAGAGAGAUUGGAGAGGAUUCACGCAUAUGAUAGCAAGGUCUAUGAAGAUGUCAUGAAGACUAAACCAAAGACAUGGUGUAGGGCAUUCCACAAGAUUGGCAGCUAUUGUGAGGAUGUUGAAAACAACUCAGUGGAGUCUUUCAACAAUACAAUCAACAAGGCGAGAGAGAAACCAUUUGUGGCUAUGUUGGAGACUGUUAGAAGGCUUGCCAUGGUUCGAAUUGCUAAACGGUCUGCUAUUUCUUAUUCACAUGAAGGAUUAUGCACUCCUUAUGUGACCCGUUUCCUUGCUGAUGAGCAUAAGGCAGCUUCUACAUGCUUUGUAUCUCCCAGCACAAAUGGAGCGUAUGAAGUUUACUUGGGAUACGAUAAACACCGAGUUUGUUUAAAUGCCAGAACUUGUACCUGCAUGAAGUUUCAGAUUUGUGGAAUCCCAUGCGAACAUGCUUACGGACUGAUGAUCAAGAAGACAUUGGUAGCUGAAGACUAUGUGUGUGAAUGGUUCAGAACUGCUAAGUGGAGACAGAACUACACAGACGGGCUUGUUCCACAAAGAGGUCCACGCUUUUGGCCUUCCACUGGGGGUGAGAAUGUGUAUCCACCUCCAAAGCCGGACGAUGAGAAGAUCGACAAGAAGAGGAAGAAAGGUGUUAAUGAGUCACCUACCAAGAAGCAACCAAAGCAAAAGAAAAGAAUCAUGCAUUGUGGGAUUUGUGGUGCAGCUGAUCAUAACUGUAGGUACCACCAGAAGAAGAAGAAUAAGAAGAAUACAACACAAGUGGAAUCUUCUCAAGGUUGUCUCACUCAAGAGAAAUAAUGUGGGAUGGAGGAUUAGCAUAA